AGAAGAGUGACGCUGUGUUGUUCCUGUGGGUUUACGUGCGCUCUUUAAAACUAAAACAGCGAGCAGAGCAGAAAAAUAAAUCUACACACGCGCAUUGAUAACGAUGGAAGUGAAAGAGGAAACUCAGGAAUUGAAUGAAGUGGAGGAGAGGCAACAGGAACCUCAUGAUGUCAUAACUGAAUUUUCUUUUGAUUCCAGUCAACAUGGAAAGAGUUCACAAAAAGAACAGCAUAUUGAUGACAGGAGCAUUAACAAUAAAAUGAGACGUCACACGUGCCAAAAGUGUGGAAAGUGUUUGAAAUACGCUAAAAACUUUAAGAAACAUUUGGAAACUCAUACUGGAGAGACGCGGUUCAAAUGCCAUCAUUGUGAAGAGUGUUUUACACAUGCAAAUAAGUUAAAAAUACAUUUGAGAACUCACCCUGAAGAGUGGCCUUACAAAUGCCCUCAUUGUAAAAAGCGUUUUACAAACAUGGAUGACUUUAAGAAACAUUUGGAAACUCACACUGGAGAGAUGCCAUACAAAUGCCCUCAUUGUGAAAAGGGUUUUACACAUGCAAAUAACUAUAAGAGACAUUUGAUAACUCACACAGGAGAGAAACCAUACACCUGUCUUCAGUGUGGGAAGGGUUUUACACGGAAAGAGACCCUUAAGAUUCAUGAACUAAUUCACACUGGAGUUAUGCCUUACACCUGUCCUCAAUGUGGAAAGAGUUUUAAAGAGAAAGCUCAUCUUAAGAGUCACAUAACAUUACACACUGGAGUAAAGCCUUAUACCUGUCCUCAAUGUGGAAAGGGUUUCACGGAGAAAGCACAUCUUAAGAGUCACAUAACAUUACACACCAGUGACAGACCUUACACCUGUCCUCAGUGUGGAAAGGGUUUUUUAAUAAAAUUGAGACUAGAAAAUCACUUGAGAAUUCAUACAGGAGAGAAACCUUUCACAUGUACUUUGUGUGAAAAGAGUUUUAAAACUGCAUCAUAUCUCAAAGUCCACAUGCAUACUCACAAUGAAGAAAAAUCUUUUAACUGUGAUGACUGCGGGAAAACAUUUGGCUCAGCAUAUUUCCUAAAACGACACCAGAAAUAUCAUACUAGUGAAAAGCCCUACACGUGUUCUGUUUGUGGAAAGAGUUUUGGACUGUUGGAAUAUUUAAGAAAACACCAGAAAAUACAUACUGGUGAGAAAACUCACGUGUGCUCUGAGUGUGCAAAAACUUUUUUGACAUCCAGAGCCUUGACAAAGCACCAAAAAGUUCAUACAAGAGAAAAACCAUAAACAUGAGAUUUACAUUUAAGACACGUGAGAGGUCAUCAUGUAGAGGAACCGUAUCACUGCCCUCAAUGUGGAGAAAGUUUCACCUUAUCGAUGGGCCUAAUGAAUCAUACAAAAUCAUGUUGCAGAAAGUAAUCACCAAACUUAUUAUCAGGUUCAAAAUUCUAAUGUAAAUAAUAGUAGUACUCCAGGCUGCAUUUUACAUCCAUUCAAUUCUUUCGCUGUUGAUUCCACACAUAUGAUUUACCUACAUAGGGGGAGCAAAGUUUUUUUAACAAUAUGCAAGUCUUGCAGAUAAGGAAAAUUAGUGAAACUGUUGUGGUUUUGAGUUUACUAAAUAAGCUCAGAAUAUUAUUCACAAACCUGUCUAUAAGACAUUUAUUGAUUUUUUUUUUUUUUUUGUGAAAAUGGAGCUUCAUUAUGUUUUAGUGAUUGUGCGUAAAAUAUGAAUACAUUUAAUUUUGAGAGUACUAUUCAUUUUUAUUGUUGCUAAAUCACAUUGCAAUUGUAUUUGGUGGGGGGUAGGGAAUGUGUUUAUAUAUUUCGGUAAUGCUGUUUUUUUUGUAGUUUGUAGUAUAGAAAUCAAAAUUCUGACCAUGGUAAGUGAGUGUUUUAUGGGUUUAUCUGUGUUUAUUAUUUUACAAACUAGAAUCAAGGGUUUUCUCAGGUUAAAGUGCCCAUAUUAUGACUGCUUUUCCAUAAGUUGAAUGGAUGUAUGAGUUCCAUAAAACAUGUUUCAGAAGUUGUUUGCUCAAAAUAGCUUGUAGGAAAAGAUUCUUGCCCUCUCUAGUAGCCUCUGUUUCAGUGCAUUUCAGAUUGUGCCGUUUUGAGGUGGUCAUUACAUACUUAUGAGCUGCUGCUCCUUUGGCCACGCCCCACUACUAACGUCAUGUGCGCACGCGCAGUUCAGACCAUAUACUGUGUAUUUUAUAUAUUAUUAUUAAUAUUUAUAUAUUAUUAUAUAUUUUAUGUAUUAUGCCAACAGACAAAUUAAGCAAAAAAGUAUCACUAAUAAGUACAAUCCAGGGGCUGGUUGCACCAGCUGGACGUGAAAAAGUUAGGUGUAAGCCCUACGUUGGCCUUAGCUACGGCCAACGUUGUAAAACAAUAUUAUGCCUGUUGCACCAUCUUAAACUACGACCAGUCGCAGCUACGCUAGGCGUAGACGAUGCGCGUCCUCGCGUAUGCGUUUAACCACAGUAAUAUUGAGAAGCCAUUCCCGUUUAGCCUACUAUGGUUAAAAACUUAUAUUUAUUGCCGUCAGCUAAUAGAUGAGACAUGACAGCUUUCCCUCCUCAAGUUAACUAGUACGCUCUCCCUCAAGAUACAUGGUUCACGUACAGACCCAUUAAACACCACCUGAAUAUUAACUAAACAAAAGCCUAUUACUGAACAAAAUAGGUAAUCAUUUGCAGAUUAAUUCUAACAGCUCUGGAUUAAAACAAAAUUAAUUCAAAGCUUUUAAUAAGUUCUCUACUAUGCCUUUGUAAAUAUUUAUGUAUUUUUUUAUAUAUUGGUGUGUUCUCUCACUCCAUGCACGAAAGCACACUGCUCGCGUAUCCUGUGCAUUAGAUGUGCCAAUGUCAAAUUUCAUAACUUCUUUGGCAAAAAUAGAAAUAAAGACUUUAAACUUGCGCCUACCCUUGACUAGACAUAAGAUUUAGGUCUCAGACGUGCGCUACGCCUAGAUGGUGCAACAGGUGUAAAUUAAAGCGCAUUUUACGCCCAGACUAGUCUUACAACCGGGUGUACGCCCAGCUGGUGCAACCGGCCCCAGGAGAAAAAACACAUUACGCAUAAUGAUUGGCUUCGAGGGUAAAUUGUGAUGUAGCAGUCUCAACAAUACACUCGUUUUGCCCUGGACAAUGCUAACAUAUUCCUGUUUAUAAAACAUUUUCAAACGCAUUAUUUUCGCAAAUUACAGAAAUCGAGACCUGGCAGGGGAUGUAUACUGCUUGUGGACACCAUGCUAAUUGCUAGAAGCUAGCGGGAGGUCUGGACCGUAUUUUGGGAAAGUGAUAGAGACUCGGGGUAGGCUCGUCGGUAAGGCCUGGUCUUGGUUAGUUUGGCAAAACACUUUAAGUUUGGCAAUAAAGCAAAAGAACAUUAAACAAAAAAGAAACAAAAUACACUUUUUUUAUUUCCUUGAGACAUAAUGAUAAUGUAGGAUAUAGGGCUGGGUUUCGAUUCAAAUGUCAAGAAUCGAUUCGAUUCCGAUUCUCAAGAUCUUGAAUCGAUUAUCAUUGUUCGAUUCGAUCCGAUCUGAUCCGAUCUUCGAGAUUUAGAUAAGUGUUUUUGAAAAAAGCCCGAAAUGGUGCCAGCUAGGGGUGGGCGGAAUGACCAAAAAUCUAAUCCACAGAAUGAGUCAUUUUAUUUCAUGGUAACUGUAUAUUUCAUGGUAUACAUGUUUUUCAGUUUAUAUUGUUUUUGGAUUAUAAAAAUGUGGAGUUAUUUGCCACUCACUAUAGCUUUUAACUGCUCACCACAGUUUUAAAAUAUGGACAAUUUAAAGUUAAUAAUGUUAAAGUGAAAAUGCCCAGAGGAUAACAACAAGUCUUGAUAGACAGAAUCUUGUUUUUAAUUGAGUUAUUAAUUUUAUAGACUUUUGAAGCUAUAGUAUGCAUUGUAUUUUGUAUUUAUGCAAACAUUACAUAAAAAAUAGGCAGUAUGUAAAAUGAACAGAUAUAAAUAUAUGCACAAACCUACAGACAGGAUAAAUAUCUGUAUAUGAGAGACGGAGCUCUAGAUAUAGAUAUUAAGACGGGUGCUAUGAUGUGAUGAAGUCUGUUUUAAGGUCUUGACGCUCUUUACUUUCUAUUACACAUUAACAUUUGCGUCUCUUUCUCGUCUUUCUGAUCAAAGAUGUUUGUACUAUAAGCGAAUUAGGCGUCAAACUACACCGCUCCAGCAGCGCACGUGUCACUGAUAUAAACGCGAGUUUUGUCUUAGUUCAGAAAACUUUACAACUAUUAGCAUUAUGUGCAAGAAGAACUCUUUAUUUGGCGACCCGUUGCGCGCCCCUCAAGAAACCUCUGCCCGUGAGAGACCGGCUGCAUGAGCACAGAGAGAGAGGGAGAGAGAGAGAGAGAGAGAGAGCGAGAGAGUUUCGCUGGAGACCUGCGGUGGAUUCACUGGCGCUUAUUAUAAAAAUAACACAAAUAACUCGUUUAUUUGUUAUGAGUGGAUUAUUUUACAUAUAGAUCGCAGCUUUGAGCGUUUCUAGAGUUUUCAAAAAAACCGCUUGCUUAACGUUACUGACCGUUAUGUUCGUUGUUUUAAUGUCCUUCCACCUCGCGCGCAUGCGUGAAUUCAAUGACGCGGCAAGUUGAAGUUAUUAAUUAAUAAAUCGAUUCUCUAGUUAAGGAUCGAUCUUUAGAAAUUAACAUGAAAAUCGAUUCAGAAUCGGUGAAUCGAUUUUUUCAACACAGCUCUAGUAGGAUAUCAAUGAUGACAACAGUAUGGAGGAUAUCAGCGAAGUGACUGCUCUAUAGCUACCUGGUGGGUGGAGACCUGGGUAGUGGGGUGGUGAGCGGAAAUAUUCAAAUAGAAUGUGACGACAAGGCUAGUUACGUCACAACGGAGUUGAUUUUAAAACCGUGCAAUCUGAGACUCAAGGCAGAGGACAUUCAGAAACCAGUUUUUCACUCAAAACAGCAUGGAUGUUUUUUUUUUCCAAGUUUGUAUGCGUGUGGAAGCACCAGAGACACAAAAGAACACCCCAAAACCCAGAAAAAGUGAGUUUUUCAUAAUAUGGGCACUUUAAAUUUUAUUCAAAUAGUCUUUGUAUGUAAAAUUAACUGACUUAGACAUGUCUGCUUAAUGAUCUUACAAAUGUAUAGACUAUAUCAUGAAUUAGACACUGAUUUCACUUAAUUUUACUCUUGUUACUUAGUUAAAUAUUAUUUUGAGCUAGGGCUGUCACUUUUCGUUCGAAAAUCGAUUGCACAAUCGAUCGGACCAACCAAAAAAAGUUUCGAAAAUGAAAAUAGGUAAUUGAUUUUAACCAAAUAUGUACACUAUAAAUUUUAAAAGAAUGAAACAAUUAAAAAUAUAGAUGUAACAAAACUCACAAACAAGCAGAAAAAGAAAAUAAAGAAUUCCGAAAGUGCAGUAGGUGUGCGAAAGCUAGACAGAAAAUAUCCAGCAAUUUUACGCACCUAUAGUUUCACGCUUUCAAUCGCUGCAUCUAGUGUUUUGCAAAGAAAAUGGAGGACAACGUCAAUAAACCUGUGCAACACGAGAGAGCGUCGAAAUUGUGACCUUACAGGAGAUGAUGAGUUAUGACAAGGAGCCACCCUUGCGAGCUGACAGCGACCCGCUUUUGUGAUGGAAGAUUGGCAGUACGAAAUACCCCCACCUUGUGCAGCUGGCAACGAAGUACCCGAGUUUUCCUGGGACGUCAGUGCGGUCGGAGUGCGUCUUCUCAACAGAUGGACAUAUAGUGAAUGAAAAGCACUCUGCUCUGGACCCCUUAAAUGUUUAUCGACUUUCCUGACCAAUAAUUUGUAAUGGCCCUAGCCUUUUUGCGCAUUUCAUUAUGCCUGCCUAGUGCCGCCUAAGUGUCGGUUAUGUUUAAUAAAAAAAAUACACAGCAUGUUCUCAACUUCAAGUAAGUCUAUUUAAAGUUUCAUUUUUGAACAGUUGUUUGAAAUGGAUCGAAUCAUUAUUUAAAAUAAUUUUUGAAUUGCCUAAAUCAUAAGCAGCCGGUUGAAGCCUGCAGUAAUGUUUUUCAUUUAUGGCAGCAGUCCACUCUGCAUAUUUUUUCGAGAAUGUAUCACUACUGUUGCUGUUUUUUAUUCUGCACAAAACUUAAUGACAAUAAAUAAGAAAUAUUGCUGACUCAGGCGCUCUCUUUACGUUUGUCUGUUAUUUGGCGUUGAAAAUGGAAACGUCUUUUUAUACAUGGAAAAUCGAUUUUACAAUCGAUUCAAUGAACACUUAUAUAUUAAAAAUCGAAAAUGAUUUUUUCACAAAAGUUACAGCCCUACUUUGAGCUUCUGUCCUUUACAUGGCUUAUACUUCUCUUAUAUGUUUCUGCUGUCUAUUCUCAUGCCAACACGAAGUUUAUUAUAAAUUUGUUAAUAAAAUGUUACAAAUCAAUCGGU